CGUUUGUCCCUCUGCGGCCUCCGUACAGCCUGCGCAUACGGAAGCAUCAUUUGAAUGUCCGGCGCGAUUUAAAUUUGUGUGGCAGUUAGUUGGGACAGUGAAAGCAAACGCAGAAUGGCCUCCAAAUUCAUCAAUGAGGGUGCGAUUAAGACCCCUAAAAACGUCCGAGUGAAUAACUUACUGAACGGAGGGACCCCGAUCACCAUCCCGGCCUCACCCUUCAUGAAGAAGCUCGGCUGUGGGACUGGUGUCAACGUUUACCUCAUGAACAGAAUGGGAAAGCUGAACGCGUCUCCCUGGGCUGUGAAGAAGAUCAACAGGAAGUGUGCAUCCAAACAGGUGGCGGUUUAUCAGGAGCGCCUGAACGAGGAGGCGAAGGUCCUGAGGGGAAUCAACCACCCAAACAUUGUUGGGUUUCGUGCCUUCACCAUGGCCAAUGACGGAUCAAAAUGUCUCGCAAUGGAGUACGGAGGAGAGCAGUCACUCAACGACCUGAUCGAGAAGAGAAAGAAGGACGGCCUCAAAGCUUUCCCUGCUGCCAACAUCGAAAAAGUAGCCCUGCAUGUUGCUCGUGGCCUUAAGUAUCUGCACAAUGAGAAGAAGCUUCUGCACGGCGACAUGAAGUCCUGUAACGUCGUCAUCAAGGGCGACUUUGAGACGGUGAAGAUCUGCGAUGUCGGCGUGUCUCUUCAGCUGGACGAGAACAUGAGAGUGUCAGAUCCCGAGGCGGAGUACAUCGGCACCGAGCCCUGGAAACCGAAGGAAGCUCUGGAUGAGGACGGAGAGAUCACGGACAAGGCGGACAUCUUUGCAUACGGGCUGACUCUGUGGGAGAUGAUGUCGCUGGCCAUGCCUCACCUGGAGAUGCUGGAGGAUGAGGGCAACGAAGAACACAAUGAAGAAGAUACGGAGGAAGAUGCAGACGAAUCGGUGGAGGAAAGCUUUGACGAGGACGCGUACUACGAGCGGUUGGGGACGAGGCCAGCGGUGGAUGUCGAGGCUCUGGGAAACUCGUACUUGAGCAUGGUGGAGCUCUUCCAUCACUGCACAGAAGAAAACCCCAAGAGCAGACCCUCAGCUGCACAGAUCGUCCAGGCUUUAGAGAGAAACACCCAAAUUGAUGAAAAAUCCAGCGAGCUGAUCGUCAUCGACUGAAUCUGCAUAUUAGUCAUGUGUUUACGUGGAUCCAGACUGUUAUUCAAAGACUGGGUUAAGAUUGAACUGUCACGGGUCUUAUAUUAGACGUAUCAGACCCCUGCAAAUGUCUCUUAUUUACUUUCCAGAAAAUGUAAAUAUUGUGGAUCUGGCCUAAAUGGUGGAUGAUUUGGGCGUGAAUGAAGCUUAAAAAAGCGACAACAUCUUUAUACUGUCCAUCUUCGACACUUUCAGUAGCAACUAUUUGUGUUGGCUUUGCUAUACAGUAUUUCCUUUUCCAUACUUUGUGUUCCUCUUAAGGUCCUGUGUGUGUUUGUGUGUGCACGUUCGUGUUUUCAAAUUGGUAAUGUUAUGUGUGUUCCUCUUAUGUUUCAUUGGCUAUAGAACUAUUAAAAAAAUACAAUGAAGUUGUUUGUGUUGAGCUGCAGUUCUAUCAGCUUUUAUUUUAGGUGUAUUUGAAUACAUGUACAGCAUUUUUUAUUAUUAUUGGAAAGCAGGUGGUUAUUAUUUGAUGCUAAAACGUUUUGUUGUCUGGUCUUAAGUCAUCGUCACUCUUGAAGUACCUUCGUGUUUUUACAGUAAAUAUGAAGCUAAAGCUGCUAGCUAUCUCAGCAGAAAGACUGGAUGAUACACAAAUGAUACCCACUUUUUUUUAAAGGUCACCUAUUAUGCAAAAUGCCGUUUUUGAUGUCUUUUAUACGUAAUUAUGUUGACUGGAGAGAGACUGUAAAGAAGCCGGGAUAUAUAGAUUAAAAAGCAUCGCUGACACUCAGA